GGCUGGGACUGAACGGGAGCGAUGUGAAGCAGACUACCGCGAUUACAACUGGCUUUUACGCUUUUUCGGAUAACUAACACCUUUAUUCACCUAUCGACCUGGUCUGGGGGUCGCUUGCACUGAGAGGUCGGACUACUGCACUGACAACUGGUACACUCUCCUUCUGGACAUCCUGAUGCAGUAUGUUAUGAAUAUGGGGCCAAUCUCCCUGUGUUAGAUUCAAAUAUGGCCGUUCCACUGAUCAGGGACACUGGCUCCUACCACAACCCUCCCUCCUCUCCUCUGCAGUGAACAGGACCACACGAGGUAAUGAAGAAGCACCUCCAAGCACGCCCCUCGUCUCUGCCUGCGGGAUAUGAGUGUUUCGUGCCCGGACACUAAAUCUAUCCUUGUGGGAACUGUGGGAGGCCCAGAAGAAUUCUCCAAAGUCAUGCAGUCAGAAGAGUUGUUCAGCCGAAAACUGAAAUCACUCAAUGGCAGCAUGGGACCACCAACUGCGAACAUGCAAGGGAAGCCUGACAAAACCAACGGGACUCCAGCUAUGCCUAAAAUGGGCGUGAGGGCCAGGGUAUCCGAAUGGCCCCCCAGGAAAGAUUGGGACGGUAGACCUUCUCCCAACUAUCAAAGCGUCAUACCAGUGUUUCAAAAUGGACAAGAACAUACAGUUGAAAUUGUGGAACAAGGAGAGCAGGUUUGCGUAGAUGUAGACUAUUCUGAUAAGUAUACUUUAGAUGAACUUCUAUGCCACUCCCCUCUUAAAGGACUCCACCCCAUUCGUCAGCGGAGCAACAGUGACGUUACUAUUAGCGAUAUUGAUUCUGAGGAUAUCGUCGAUCAGAGUGCAGUAAAUCCUAACACAGGGGCAUCUCUACAUCGUGAAUAUGGCAGCACCUCGUCUAUUGACAGACAAGGCCUUGCCGGAGAGGGAUUUUUCACCAUGCUCAGGGGGUACAGAGUGGAAACCAUGGACCACCGUAGCAUCCCGCCAAUGGGUUUCCCCGAACUGUUGCGUUGCGAUGCGUCUUUGUCUCCAAGUUUGCAGACCGCCGCCCAAAUCGCAAGGGGAGAGAUAGUGCACAUUCCUGGAUAUGAUUACGUAGACAGUUCCCUUCUUUACAGCAGAGAAAGGGAGAAAUCUUUCAUGAGGAGAUUGAAGUCCGAGUCAUCCGAACCAUCGAUUUUCAGGAAAUUACGGACCAUAAAAAGUGAGAGUGAUGCUUUGAGGCUAUCCCUUGAAGAUGACAGAAGACCGCUCAGUUUUCAGAAAUGCUUUGCUCACUAUGAUGUUCAAAGCGUUUUGUUUAACAUUAGUGAGGCGGUGGCAAGUCGAGCGAAUUUAAGUCAGAGGAAAAAUAUAACGACUGGAGCAUCAGCGGCCUCUGCAGGAGCCAUAGGAGGGACUGGCCCUGUUGUUGGACUGGGGCAAAUACCUGGUUUAGGGGCAGAAAGUGCCAUGCCUGGUUGUAGCAGCUCAAACCCACCUCUAUUUGAGUCUCCUCUGGGCAGUCGCGAGGACCUCAACCCCAAGGAAAACCUGGAUGCUGAUGAGGGAGAUGGCAAAAGUAACAAUUUGGUGCUGAGUUGCCCCCACUUUCGUAAUGAGAUCGGAGGAGAAGGGGAAAGGAAGAUCUCACUGUCCAGAGUCAACAGUGCCAGCUACCCCGGUGUUUCGGAGAGCUGUUCGUUUGAGUCCUCUCUGAGCUCACACUGCACCAACGCGGGGGUGUCCGUCCUGGAAGUGCCCCGCGAGAAUCAGCCCAUCCACCGAGAGAAAGUCAAGAGAUACAUCAUUGAGCACAUUGACCUGGGGGCCUACUACUACCACAAGUUCUUCUAUGGAAAAGAGCAUCAGAACUACUUUGGGGUGGAUGAAAACUUGGGACCAGUGGCCGUCAGUGUCCGCAGAGAAAAGCUGGAUGAAGGAAAGGAGAAGGACGGUGCACAGUACAACUACAGAGUCACCUUUAGGACCAGCCAGCUGACCACACUGCGCGGGGCUAUUCUGGAGGAUGCUAUCCCGUCCACAGCCAGACAUGGGACGGCCCGUGGGCUGCCACUCAAAGAAGUGCUGGAGUACGUGAUCCCAGAACUGAACAUCUCCUGUCUGCGGCUGGCCAACAACUCGCCCAAAGUCCCAGAGCAGCUACUCAAACUGGACGAGCAGGGGCUAAGUUUUCAGCACAAAGUUGGGGUCCUCUACUGCAAGGCCGGACAGAGCACGGAGGAGGAGAUGUACAACAAUGAAAGCGCAGGGCCAGCCUUGGAAGAGUUCUUGGAUUUGCUCGGACAGAGAGUUCGUCUAAAAGGAUUCACCAAGUACAGAGCGCAGCUGGAUAACAAGACUGAUUCUACAGGGACCCACUCUCUGUACACCACCUACAAAGACUAUGAGCUGAUGUUUCAUGUGUCCACCAUGCUCCCGUAUACUCCCAACAACAGGCAACAGUUGCUACGGAAACGGCACAUCGGGAACGACAUCGUCACCAUCGUGUUCCAGGAGCCCGGGGCACUUCCUUUCACUCCCAAAAACAUCCGAUCGCAUUUCCAGCAUGUGUUUGUCAUUGUAAAAGUCCAUAACCCCUGCACUGAAAACGUCUGCUACAGCGUCGCUGUCUCCAGAUCUAAAGACGUGCCCCCCUUCGGACCUCCCAUCCCCAAAUCUGUGACUUUCCCCAAAUCAGCAGUUUUCAGGGACUUUCUACUUGCUAAGGUCAUCAAUGGCGAAAACGCAGCUCACAAAUCGGAGAAGUUUAGGGCUAUGGCGACCAGGACGAGACAGGAAUAUCUCAAAGACUUGGCUGAAAACUUUGUCAGCACCGCUACUAUUGACUCUGCUGUGAAAUUCAGCUUUAUAACGUUAGGAGCCAAGAAGAAAGAGAAAGUGAAACCACGGAAAGACGCGCACCUCUUUAGCAUCGGCGCAGUAACCUGGAGCGUCCGAGCGAGGGAUUUUGGACAGUCCAUGGACGUUGACGGCCUUCUGGGAAUAUCGAAUGAGUUUAUCGUGCUGAUAGAAGAGGAGUCUAAAAACGUGAUUUUCAACUGCUCAUGUCGGGACGUGAUCGGGUGGACUUCAGGGAUUAUGAGCAUCAAGAUCUUCUACGAGAGAGGAGAGUGCAUCAUGCUGUCGGCCCAUGAUAACUGCGGAGAAGACAUAAGGGAGAUGGUGCAGAGGCUGGAGAUUGUGACUCGAGGCUGUGAGACGUUCGAGAUGACCCUGAGGAGGAACAGUCUGGGUCAGCUGGGCUUUCACGUUAACUUCGAGGGCAUCGUGGCCGACGUGGAGCCCUUUGGAUUUGCGUGGAAAGCCGGACUGAGGCAGGGCAGCAGAUUGGUGGAGAUCUGUAAGGUUGCCGUGGCGACGCUCACACACGAGCAGAUGAUAGACCUGCUGAGAACGUCCAUCAGUGUCAAAGUGGUCAUCAUCCAACCGCACGAAGAUGGGACACCAAGGAGAUCUGGCAUGGGGGCGUCACUUUCUUCUCUCCAUGGAGAAAUGGGCUGCUCAGAGCUGUACCGAAUCCCAAUGGUGGAGUACAAAGUGGACAGUGAGGGGACGCCCUGCGAGUAUAAGACCCCCUUCAGGAGAAACACUACAUGGCACCGUAUGCCCACAGCCGGGGGCCCCCAGCUGUCUCGAGGCUCUCCCACCCAAGGGCCCGAGAGACUGCAGUGCCAACAGAUCCUACAGCAGCACCAGGGAGGCAUACCCAGAAGCACCUCUUUUGAUAGGAAGCUACCUGAUGGAUCAAGGACCAUGCAGGACUUGGAGAACCCACAGGUGUCCUCAUGUAACAAAGGGGACCAGCACUAUCGCAGCUCUCCCAGUAACCAAUCCUCCUCCAGUGACCCAGGCCCAUGUGGCAGCAGCAGCUCGUGGUCCCAACAGCCCGGAUAUGACGGAUGUCCGUCCCCUAUCCUUCACGAGCACGCGGGGGACAUCCAGAGGGGCGAUGGAGACAUGCACCGCGAGAGAGAGCCCACACUGGAGAGAACCAGAUCUGCAGAAGCGAAAUGGCACAUCCCCUCCACCAAGAUCUUAAACCCACUGAAGCAGAGAGAAGGGAAGGACUCGCCCAACAAACUGUCCAGGACUGGUGACAAAAACUCCAGCCACUCCAGCAGUAACACUCUAUCCAGCAACGCCUCCAGUAACAGCGAUGACAAGCACUUCGGCUCCGGGGACCUGAUGGACCCCGAGAUGCUGGGACUGACCUACAUCAAGGGGGCUUCUACAGACAGCGGCAUCGACACCAACCCCUGUGUGGCUCCUGGGGCCCGGGUCUUGCUCCAGAGGAUGUCCGAAGACGGGGGCAGUGAAGAGGAUCAUGGGAAAAUCUAUCUGCCUCAAGGAUAUGCCUCGGCUGUGCUGUCAAGUCAUGUGACCGAGGGCAGCAUCGGAGACCUCAGCGAGAUCUCCUCACAUUCAAGUGGGUCACAUCACUCGGGAAGCCCAUUGGCCCGCGGUGCUCGGUACUGUAUGUCCGCUGACUCCUCCAAGGCCUACACCAUCCCCCAAACCAGCAGCAGCGCCUCCGACAGGCCAGAGGCGGAGCUGCAGGGGGACAGCUCAGAGCCCUGUGGACAGGCACGCCCCCAGCCCACCGCCAGUGUCCCUAAAGGGGAUAGUGCCAAUGAGGAAGAGGUGGACAUUGAGAGGCCUCCCAACAUUUCACAGUGUGGGCAGCUGUAUGCUCAAGAAGCCGCCUGCCGUCUACAGGAAGAACGGGAGGGGGGCACGCUGCAGAGACUGUCCAAAGAGGAGUACCUGAAGAUGAUGAUGCCCGACAGCCCUCCAGGAGAGAGCCGAAAGGUGUCAGCGAUGGGCAGCCUGUCCCCCAGACGCUCACUGUACCGGACUCUCUCAGACGAAAGCGUGUGCAGCAACAGGAAGUGUUCCUCGUAUGCCAGUUCACACAGCUCCAUGUUGGACCAAGCCAUGCCCAAUGACAUCCUCUUCAGCACCACCCCACCGUACCACUGCACCCUACCUCCCAGAAUGAUCCACAACCAGGGAGCGUCCAAUCUGAGAAAUGAGUUUUGGUUUUCGGACGGCUCUCUGGCGGACCGCUCCAAGUUCAGCGACCCUGGCCUCAUGCCCCUCCCUGACCCCGCCUCUGGUCUGGACUGGUCCCACCUGGUCGAUGCGGCCCGGGCCUUCGAAGACAAUGCAGUUGUCCCCCGAAAUCAGCGCGUGGCGUCUUUCUGCACCAUGACGGACAUGCAGCGGGCCGAGGCUCUGCAGAUCUCCAAAGAGCUGACCAGGAGAGUGGUGGAGGCUGAGGGCGCAGCACUGGACUCGGACCCUCCUUCGUCACUCACUGGGAAAGUCAAUCAGCUGGAGGUGAUCCUGCGGCAGCUCCAGAAUGACCUCCGAAAGGAGAAAGAGGACAAGGCCAUGCUACAAGAGGAAGUCCAACAUCUGAGACAGGACAACAUGCGCCUGCAGGAAGAGAGCCAGACCGCGGCGGCUCAGCUCAGGAAGUUCACCGAGUGGUUCUUUCACUCCAUCGAUAAGAAACCAUGAACAAAACACCACCACUUUACCACCUAUAAACAAAUUCAAACACCUGACUAACUACUAGCCCGUUUGGAGACUGUAGCUUAGCCGCCGAUUGGUGAAGACUUGAACUGUCUGGAUUUAUCUUCUUCUUUACCAUGGCAACCUUUUCGAAAGCGCUUAUAAGGACUUGAAAACGCCCCUGGAUCCUUUCCUUGGCAUCUCUAGUGGAAUGUAAAGCUAAUUUAGUCAUUUACAUAUAGAAGAAUCUACCUACUUGCUGUUGUCACGUCGGUCUACUGUACUGUACAUUCAAUUACUGUAUCAUACUGCGCACACUGUCCCAAGCAAGGAGCAAGAAAGUGGACUAAAAAAUGGGAAAUUGGACGAAUGUAUUGGAUAAGAAGUAGUGGUACUUACCAAGAGGAGUCUAGAAAAGUACUGUGGAUUGAAACAUGAAUGUAGCUACAACUAAGACCUAUUUUUGGAUUUUGAUGUUUAUGGAUAUUUGGACCAUUUUUGUUCCUCCUUAUUCCAUGUCUCCUCAGUGUUGUGAGCGCAAGGGUCGGUGAAAUGUUUUGAAUCGUUUUUUCGAAGGUGCUUUCUUUCCCCUUCUCAACACAAGCGUGAUUAUUUUGUCUGUAGUUUCCAUUCACUGUCACGAUGUCCUAGCAAUAACAAAAGUGGUAGUAACAAAACUGUGGAUUUUUGGAAAAGAUGAUACGCUAGCACAAAGCAGUCGAAUGGGAUGUGUAUUUACUAAACAGAAGAGACUGUGCCUAAAACUCUUGGUUGUAAAUGAAUUGUUUCUUUGCUUUGGGUCUCUUGUUAAACACAUGCCUUGUCUGUGGCUCACUGAUAUACAUUUUGUGGAUGAAUGGUGUGUGUAUGUAAUUGUAUGGCUGUGAAAUGUUGAUGUUUUUAGUGUUUUUAGACCAUUUUAGAGCAAGCGCCAGUGAACCACAACUACAAUGCCAAAUGUGUUUAUUCGUGUACAUAUCUGCCACAGAAGUGUCUUGUAUUUAACACUAUUAUUUAAGCUUAUUUAACCUAAAAGUUGUUUAUUUUAUUAAGGGUUAUUGUUUCUUUUCUGCACUAAGGAGAGAUAAGAGCUCUGUGUAUGUUGUAAAGUAAGUGUGUAGCUUGCCAGGGCAAAAAAAUACAUAUAUAUUUAAAUAUAUAAAUGAGGACGAUUUCGGAGAUUCCAACAUUUGGAUGCUGCUAGAUGACAGUUCGCUGGUUUGUUUUGCUUUGAAAAUGUCUCUUUGUAAAACAGUCUCAUCCCCAAUGGGACGCCUGUUGCUUUGUUUUUGUUUCGGUCGAUUUUUGUUUUGUUUUUUA